CCCGACAUUUCACUCCACAUGGCGAGGGUUGUAAUUCCCGUGUCACGGGACUAGAUUGACCAUAACAUGACUUUAUUCCCCGAUAAGAUCCGCUCUGACCAUAAUUGUAUCAAACUUCAUCAUCUAGAUGACAGUUUUCCAGAGCCCAUCCUCGUUAUCUAAGAGGAAACGAGAGUCCCCGUUGCCAGUAUAUCAACCGUUGUAUCUAAAUAAAGGCCAGAGUGUUUGCGCUCAGCGUGUCAGUGCCAGCUCAGAUCAUCCAAGUGGUUUCCGAUUUUCCAUCUUCCCUUCCAGACUAGAGCAAGAUGCGCUGUCCAACUUCAUCCUUCGACUUCCUCGAGAGAUUCGGUCCAUGAUUUACGCGAAUCUAUUUCACAUGUUCAAAUCGUAUUCUAGUUCCCAUGUCUGUGCUGCCAAAGCUCCUUUAGAAGGAGAUGUCUAUCUCUACGACACUGGCGGGUGGCGCUCUGUCAGCGAUUUCCGCGGCGAAAUGAUCAACUCGCAGACCGUCCUCGAGCUCGAUGCGGCACCGUGGACUUAUCAGAACAUCUCGCACUUCUUCAAUCGCACUCCUGCGCGGCACGUUCGGAGUCUGCACCCUCAGAUCUUCGAUGAAUGUGUCCAUGACAUCUGCAUGAAAGCGGGGAAAGUCAAACUUUCAAUGCAAUAUCGUAACCACAAGCCAGCGCACAAGUACGACAAGUUCCUCUUUGACAGUUUUGCGCGAAAUGCUCGUGAUCUAAAUGUCACAAUCGGAUACCACUGUACGCUCUCAAAACAGUCGCGCAAAUCGGUUUCCUCACAGGAUUCCAGUCAUGAACAGGACACGAGACUGGCAGCGAUAAAACACCUGGAAGAGGUUCUUGAGGAUGGUUGCCGGCUAGAGAACUUGACGAUAUAUCUCAAUUUCGAUGUCCCUCAUCCGAUUGACACGCGGCCGUCCGCAACGGAGGACUGGGUGCAGGUAGAGGUUUCAAAGUUGGCGAAGUUCGGUUGUGACAUCAACCUAUGUAUAUUCCACAGAUGCUGCGAGAGACAAUCAAUCCUAGACUGCGCAUAUCCCGCGCGGCAGCACGGAUUCAGCUACUGCUCAACAUACAAGCAAGGCGCGGGGUGGGGUCUGUGGACGAAGCAUAAAAUGACCUUCUACGAAGCUGCCGCUUUAGACCGCUGCUAACGCCUUCUCCACCACUCACAACUCACAAGCCCUCCAGCUGGACGAGCCAGUCUAGCUCGUGAAGAAGGUGCUUCCUUUCGUGAACCGAGCCUUCGAUGCGCUUCCCGUCUUGUCACGUUAUGACGGUCCACUGGCUAAAAAAGAAGUGCCUUUCCCCCCCGGCCCCGCCCCCCACAACAGAGAUAGAAGCACAGAAUUAUCCCCCCGUCAGUGGUCGAGCAAGAUCACGUCGAUCCACGAGGCCAUCGAUUCUGUGCGUUCGGCCGGGACCACGCAGUCGUCCGGUUUGCGCGCAGAAGUCCGCACCCGCCGUCGACAUCCUGACAAACCACUGCCGCAAUGGGAAACAGCAUCGUCGGCCGUGGGAUCGGCGGCCUUGAGGCCCCAAAUAGCUUUCGUUGAAUAGGAUCAUGUCUGGUGGAGGCCAUUGAGCAGCGCCAUGCCGAGACGGUAUGAACUUUGAUGACGUUCCGCCCCCCCCC